AUGGCCAAUCCAAUUUAUGAGAACUAUCCUCCUCAAUUGACACCGGAGCAGAAAGAGUUCCUGGUCACGGCCACCAAAGAUUGGGCUAUUCAAAAUGGCCUAGCUGUUCGACCGUCCCCUGCAAUUCUCCCCGAGAGCGCAAACCCGAACCAUGUCUUCGCUACGAAUGCUCCCGUGACGCUUUUCCCAAGUCCUUUCCCACAGGCCUGCUUUAAGGAAGCCGAGGCGCUUCAAACCGUUUACAAUCAACUUUAUGCCGCGAUAACGUGCAACGAAGAAUGGCUGGGGAAGGUAAUUGAAGAUUUGAUUGACGUCGAUGAUUUUGUUGCCAAUCUAUGGAAGACUCACCUGGCUGUGAAGAAGGAAGGAUAUGUCCAGAAUUUGUCUUUGGGUUUAUACCGAUCCGACUACAUGGCUGAUGUUACCCCGAACCAGCCUCCAUCCCUGAAGCAGGUGGAAUUCAACACAAUUUCUUCUUCAUUUGGCGGGCUUUCCUCGCUCGUAAAGUCGUUACAUACCGAGCUAUUAACAUCACCGCCGAGCUACCCCCCUCAUCCUCUCCUCCAAUCUGGAACACCACCUGAUAACACCGCCGUCGAGACUCUUUCUGGUGGGCUUGCUACAGCUCAUAAGGCAUACGGAUCAUCAAAGUCCUCCCCGGAGCUGCCAUUAUGUGUAAUUUUUAUUGUACAAGAUGAAGAGCGAAACGUGUUUGACCAAUUGGCCCUGCUGAAGCGACUGACUGGAUUCCAUAAGAUUCCAACUUUUCGUGUGAAAAGCAGUCAGAUCUUAAAUGAGACCUCUAUAUCUACUUCCGAAUCUUCUCGACCAUUGAUUUACCGACCUCCACACUCACCAUCAUCUGCCUUUGAAGUAACAACAGUUUAUCUCCGUGCAUACUAUUCUCCCGAUGAAUACAAAUCUAGCCGUGAUUGGGAGGCCCGUACUCAUUUGGAACGAUCCGCGGCUAUCAAGUGUCCUACAGUGCUUAAUCAGCUGGCCGGUUGCAAGAAGAUCCAACAGGUUCUGGCAGAACCCACAGGACCCGACCACCUAACGAGCUUUCUCAAUGGUGUUGAUUCUUCUAUCAUUGCUAGACUGCGUGAAACUUUCGCUCCGCAGUACGACCUCUCGACAAAUGGUCAAGGACGUGAUCUGGCUCUCAAUGCCGAGACAGCCAUGAAACAUGUUCUGAAGCCGCAGCGAGAAGGCGGAGGAAACAACAUCUAUAAAGCAGACAUUUCCGAAUACCUUCGAAGUAUCCCCGAGUCUGAUUGGAAAGGCUGGGUCUUGAUGGAACUUAUUAAUCCUGCGGAAAACGCUGAGAAUGUCGCUCUGCGUAAUGACGGUGAAGUUAUUCGCGGAAAUGUCAUCUCUGAGCUAGGAAUUUACGGCACUAUUCUAUGGAAAGACAACGGGGAAAUCCUCCAUAAUGACCAGGGCGGGUGGUUGUUGCGAACAAAGGGCAAGGAAGUCAACGAGGGUGGAGUAGCCGCGGGCUUCUCUAGUUUAGAUAGUGUUCUUCUUUACUAA